CAAUUAAUUAUAUAUAUGAUAUAUGUGCGUUAAGUCUCGACCUUAGGAAUUAUUUUACAAAAGAAGAGUUUACGGCGUGAAAUCAAAAUUGAUCCCAAUCAAGAUCCAAAAAUAGUUUUUCCUUUUUGGUUAUUUAUGUAAUUAACAUGUUGAUAACUAAUUCAAAGUAUUCGAGAAUGAUUGGUGCAUUGUAAAUGAUAUCGCGUGAUGAUCUAUUGAUCCCUUUUAUUAAUGUAAAAAGUAACAAACUAAAUUUCAACUAUACAUAUAUAUAUAUAUACAAACAUAUUGUUUUCGUCGUUUAAUUUAGUUAGUUAUUUAGUUAGGCACACUUAUCAUUUCCAAUUAAUGCAAAUCUUCAAUUUUAUAUAUAUAUACAUGAUAAUAAACUCGUAUGUGUGCUAUUUGAAUGAAUUAUGAGAUAAGCUAUAGGGACUAGCUAGAAAUCAGGCAACUAAACACAUAAAUGUCAAGAUACAAUGAACUGAAAUAAACGAAAAUUGUGAAAAUACAAACAAGCAAAUAUAUAUGGUAGUGAAGUGCUGCUGACUGGGUUAAACAGUCGCAGGCAGAGGCAUUAGAGAGACAUGCCUAAGACCGACCAUACGUGGCUUCUAUGCCACAUCCUGCCCGAGGUGCUACUGCUUUCGACUAAAUAUGGCGGAUCUAGAGAGGACAACUCGAUAAAACCCGCAAGCCCUGGUGUUAGUCGUAACCGUGCCAACGGGCUGGAUGGCAGCUGCGUGAAUGCUGUCUUCGAACGGUGACCUCCGGAUAACUGGCGCCCUCCGGUUGUAAUUAAAUGCCUUGUCGUGAUAUCGGGGGCUAUGUCACGGUCGACCUGCCCGACCCCCACACUCGUGGGAAUCAAAAUAAUGAACUCAAAUAAAGAACAACAACAAUUAAACAAUCCAACGUACAAUCGAACAAACCAAACACAAAGCAAAAACCUGCAUGGAGCUCGCUUAAGCGGCGCUGCCCGCAAGCGAUUCCAUUAUCUGCUCAAAAAGGGCAUGAAGCCGGAGGAGGCCAAGGAACAAGCAAUGAAGCCAAUUCGCCAGUCUACGCUGCGGAGCCAGAAGCUCAUGGCAACAGCACAAAAUGCAAGAGGAAUUAAUCCGUCGAAUAGGAUUAACAGCUUCUCAGGCUACGGACAAUGUGGCUGGGCAGAACCUGCACGAAAUCUUCAGACUAAGGCCCAACAGCAACGUGUUAGCGGAAGUCCGACACAGCGACUGCUAGGUGGGGAACGAGGCUGCCACCAAACUGAUAGCAGGAACUCAGGCUAUGCUCAAUUUGGCUGGACUGAAUCUUCACAAAAUCAUCGUGAUAAGAUACCUUGCACAGCCACGCGGUCUGUGUCUGCUGCAACACAAUCCAGCCGACCACCUGUGCAAGCUAGACUCGGCGCUCCCGUAAAUCGCGCACGAUGCGGCAUUGCGCCCAAAGGUAUGCCGCCUGCCCAUGGCAGCAGCGGACUAUUAGAAACGGAGGAAGAGGCUGACGUUGUGGGCAAACCAAACGACAAGCCAAAUCUCAACGUGGCCAUACUACCUGGUGACUAUCCGACUGAAUUGUGGACAACACCACAGUUGGAGGCGGUGAAGCGAAGUAUUUCUGAUCUCAUGCAGCGCCAUUGCGAGGGCUACGUAAAGCCCAGUUUUUCGGGCUGCACAUUCCGGCACGGCUGGCUAUCCGUAAAUGGCAACGAUGUAGCCAGUGUAAACUGGCUGAUGGCCAUGGAUACCAGGCUACGGCCCUGGGAGGGUGCAUCCUUGAAGGUGGUGCCAGAAUCUGAGGUGCCACUCAAUCGUGUAUUCGUUGGCAUCUUUCCGGCCCUGUAUAGCACGCCAGUCAAGCACGCGUUACGCCUAAUCGAUGCCCAAAACGAGGGCCUUGCCGUGCACGAUUGGCUCGUGCUGCACCGCGUACAGAAGGGACACACCAUGAAACUGGCCCUAUCCAUCGAUGCCCACUCAGCCGAUGUGCUGAGGAACAAGCACUAUCAAUUGAACUUUGGCUUCAGUCGUGUCCGCUUUCGACCAAGAAAGAAAACGGCCAAAUAAACUCAUCAUUUAAUCAUUGAAUUUUCUUGCAUUUUACUAUGGGAAGCAACUUUUUGCCCAGCUCAUUUCAUAAUAAUCCCGUGAAACACGUUUCCAAGCCCUAGCAUGUGGAAACAUUCGGUUGAAUCUGAGUUAUCUUGACAGCGUCUGUUCACAGAAGCAGUUAGACGGCUUGGUUCCGUUCGCUUACAAUUCGCAACAAGUUUAAGCUCUUGCGACAGCAAUAAGCUUGCCCGAAACACUCGUACGAAUUGUUGCAUUACGUAUUCAACACAUCAGUUUACCCAGAAUUGAGUUUGAACGUGAAUAAUUUACAUAUCAUAGUGUUAGCGUGAAUCGAACGCAUAGCAGAUUCUUAGAUAAUUACAAGCCGGUGAUUGCAAGCCCGA